AUGUUCAGAUUCUUGGUAUUCGCUGCCAUCUCUGCCUUAGUCAGCUCUGCCCCCGCUCCUGAACCAGGAUAUUUGGGAGGAUAUGCUGCCAGCUAUGCUGCUCCAUUGGCUGUUGCCCAUCAUGCCCCCAUUGUUGCUGCUCCAGCAAUCCAUCAUGCUCCAUUAGCUGUUGCCCAUGCUCCAGUUGCAACCAGCUAUGCCAGCUCACACAUCUACCACAGUGCCCCCAUCGUCAAGACUGUUGUCCCAGCUGCCCCUAUCAUCAAAUCUUAUGCUGCCCCAGUUGUUGCUGCCCCAGUCUACAAAAGCUAUGCUGCCCCUAUUGUCCAUGCUGCCCCAGUUGUCCAUAGCGCUCCCUUGAUUGCCAAGAGCUAUGCUGCUCCUCUUGCCGCCCCCGCCUACUACGGCCAUGGAUACGGAUAUGGCUUGGGAUACAAAUCCUUGGGAUAUUACCAUUAA